AUGCUCAUCAAACCAGCAGGAGAAACCCCAGAUACCUAUCUGGCCAAGAAGAUGAAUCUACUAUGGCCAUCAGUCGACGCCAACGCCGUGAAAUCGAUACCUAGUCACAAUGAUGAUGUUACAUCUACUACUUUGUCGUCCCCCGCUACACAAGAAGAAAAUGGGAUAGAUUCCCAUCGACUUCUUGUUAUGGGGGGCAACGGCAACUACCUACAUCUUUCAGACGGGCGUCAGAUACUAGAUGCUUGUGGAGGAGCGGCCGUGGCAUGCAUCGGACAUGGAGUGAGGGAGGUCUCUGAAGUGAUAGCCGCCCAGUCUGCUACUGUCUCUUAUGUGGCUUGGGGUUUCCUCGAUAGUCAAAGCCGACAAGACUUGAGUCGAUGGCUAUUCAAGAGUUCCAAUGAUCACUUCGCCAAGGCAUGGAUCCUAUCAUCUGGAUCCGAAGCCAUGGAAGCUGCCAUCAAGCUUGCUCACGAGUACUUUGUAUGGGUGGGAGAACCCCAACGCGUCAACUACAUUGCUCGAGAGGAAUCAUAUCACGGAAUCACCAUAGGUGCUUUGUCGGUAGGAGGACAUGUAACCAGAAGAGGACCAUUUGAACCACUCCUCAUGUCCAACGUUUAUCGCAUACCAGCCUGCAAUCCUUACCGCCAAAAAUUGCCAGGAGAAUCUAACGAAGACUUCGUUUCUCGCAAGGCGCAAGAACUAGAGGAGGCAUUUCUUAAGGCAGGGCCGGAGACCGUGGCAGCUUUUAUUGCUGAACCAGUUGUCGGGGCGGCAUCUGGCUGCGUACCUUCCAUCCCUGGAUACUUCCAGGCUAUGAAGGCCGUGUGCGAUAAAUACGGAGCACUACUCGUGUUCGAUGAAGUUAUGUGUGGAAUGGGAAGGACAGGGACACUACACGCCUGGGAACAAGAGGGCGUCAUCCCAGACAUACAAGCACUUGGAAAGGGCCUUGGUGGUGGUUACCAGCCCGCCUCCGCGGUAUUAGCGAGCAGGAAAAUCGUCAACGCUAUGGAAGUGAAGGGCGCAACAUUCACUCACGGACAUACCUAUCUAGACCACCCCGUCGUCUGCGCCGCAGCCCUACGAGUCCAGCAAAUCAUAGAGCGCGACAAUCUACUACCCAACGUUCGGGCACAAGGGCGGUAUCUAGAAAAGCUACUUCAGAACAAGCUACGAAAUCACCCCCACGUAGGCGAUAUUCGAGGUCGUGGGCUUUUUUGGGGUAUCGAGUUUGUUAGCGACAAAGAUAGCAAGGAACCGUUCGACCCAACGCUACAACUCGCACGCCGUAUCCACGAGACCGCGCUUUCGCCUCCUCAUAAUAUGGCUGUCUACUUUGGUCAGGGGUGCGCCGGCCAGGGUCGAGGAGACCACGUCAUGAUCAUGCCCGCGUAUAACGUUACCAGGGAAGUCAUAGAUACAAUCGUCGAGAAGUUCGUCGUUGUACUUGAUGAUGUUUUCAGCGGGUUACAAAAGGCGGAUGUGGAUAUUGAUGUUGGUGUUGGUGUCAAGGCGGAAUAA